AUGGCCCUGAGCCUGCAGGAGGGCAUCUGCGUGUUCUAUGACUUGGAGCUGGCACAGAUCCAUAUUUUGCAAGAAGAAGGGCAAGAAAAGAGUGCAGAGAGCAAGGUGACAGAGAAACCACCAGACGCAAUCCUGAUGGAGGUAAAACAACUGAGCCCAUCUGAAGAGGGGGAAGGAAAGGAAGUUUUUUCCACUGUUGGGGAAACAAAGAGUCAGAGCUGCAAAGGGGGUGAUGAUUUGCCAGACUUAUUCAAUGAAAGUAAAGAGCAGGAAUAUCCAACUGCAGGAAUAUCAGAACAAACAGUUGUAAGGAAUCUCAAGAAUCUAAAAUUUGAGGCUUGUGCUGCCCAUCAAGAAAAAGGAGAAAAACAGUGUUUCAACUGUUUUUUCUGCACAUUCACCUCAGUCAAGUUAUCAAGUCUCAGGCGUCAUUUGAAAACCCAUUCAGAUGAGAAACGUCACAUGUGUCACCUUUGCCCAAAGGCGUUCCGUACAGCAACUCUGCUGCACAACCAUGUGAACACACACACAGGGAACAAACCCCAUAAAUGCAGUGAGUGUGACACAGCCUUUGUGACCCGAGGGGAGCUUUCACGACACAGGAGGUACAAACACACUCUGGAGAGGCCUUUCAAGUGCACAAUAUGUGAAUACUCCAGUGUAGAAGCCAGCAAGAUGAGACGCCACGUUCGCUCGCACACGGGAGAGCGGCCCUACCCCUGUCACCUGUGCAGCUAUGCAAGCAAAGAUGCCUACAAACUGAAAAGGCACAUGUUAACUCACACUGGUGAAAAACGCUAUGAAUGUUACGUUUGCCAAGCCAGAUUCACUCAAAGUGGUACCAUGAAAAUCCACAUGUUACAGAAGCAUGGAGAAAAUGUGCCAAAACACCAAUGUCCCCACUGUAGUACUUUCCUUUCCAGAAAAAGUGAUUUGGGUGUCCACCUGAGGAAUCUGCAUUCCUACAUGGAAGAGGCAGUGAAGUGCAGGGACUGUGAGGCAGCUUUCCACGAGCGCUACGCUUUCCUCCAGCACAGGAAGACUCACAGGAAUGAGAAAAGAUUCAGAUGUGCUCAGUGCAGCUGCACAUGUAGCCAGAGUAAUAUGUGUAAGCAUGCUGAAAAUUGUGGAUUGGUGAGGGCAAAAACUGCUACACCCAGAAAAGGAAGCAAAGGCAAAAAUAAAAUCCAUGAGAACCCGAAGCGUGCUAAGCCAGAAGUUGCCCUGAAAUCAUUCCAAGAUGACUCUACUGUGAAAAAUGAACAUUGUGCCAGUGAGAUUGCUCCUGUUUUAGGUGGGACAGAAACAGCAACUCUGAGGGAGCACAGAACAGAAGCAACUCAUUAAGUGGAUCCUGGACAUGAUGGACAAAUAAUGCUCAAACAGACUGAUCCUCCUUGUUCCCUUGUAACUGAGCAGUUCAAAGUGUGGAACUUCAAUUAGAAAGGUGGAAAAGCUGCUGGUUGGAAGCUGCUGAAGCCCUUCUGUGCUCAUGUUUCUUCUUGCUGAAGUUUCUACUGUGUAACUUAAAAAUACCUUUGCAAAGUGGGAGAGUUAGAGGCAACUUUCACCUGGUUUAUUACAUGCAUGUAAUAACAGAAUGGGGAAAAGCAGCUAACU